ACACACCCAUCCACCCAUACUCACACCAAACACAUACGCACACAUACACACACCAAACACGCCCCGCACCAUCAACACCAACACCGCAGCCAUACACCUACUGACCGCCCCCCAAAAUACACACACCCACACACGCCACACCAUCCACCUACUGACCUCCCCCCAGAACACACACACACACACCAAACACGCCACGCGCACGAGAGCCGCUGGCUGCGGAAGCCGCGGGCGCGCUUUGCACCCGGUGGCGACGGGCCAGCCGCGCAGGUCCCUAUGUUGACUAGUUGAGACAAAAGCAAAUAUGGCCCUCUACAGUUAUAAUUCACUCUUAGCCAUUGUCCGAACCAGAUUCCCUGGCCAUUUUGUGCGUCCUGCCUGCUCCUCUUACUCACCGUCACUUGGGUUUCUGCCCUUGCUGGAUUCGCGUUUGAGGACAUACACGAAGAACCGUGAAAGCAGGAAGGUAUCCUGCCCCGGUCAGUUAGGCAACAACACACUCUGCUUACCAACUAGACUGACACAAGAGCUGCACACAUCAGCGCCCUGGCUCCAAGAGAAUCCUGGUAAAUCCCAGCUGAGGCAGACCACAGAGAAGCCACAGGUGACCAGCCCUGAGCCCACACGGGAAACUGGGGCAAAGGUUAAAGGCGGAAAGCGAUCGUACAGACAGAUCAUCGUGGAUGAACUCAAGUAUUACUACAACGGAUUCUACUUGCUUUGGAUUGACACCAAGGUCGCCACCAGAAUGGUUUGGAGGCUGCUUCAUGGACAGGUGCUGACCAGACGGGAGAGACGGAGGCUAUUGAGAACUUGUGCUGAUUUCUUCCGUCUGGUUCCAUUUAUGGUGUUCAUAAUUGUACCCUUCAUGGAAUUCUUACUACCAGUGUUUCUGAAACUCUUCCCAGAAAUGUUGCCAUCAACUUUUGAAAGUGAAUCCAAAAAGGAAGAAAAACAGAGAAAGAAAAUGGCUGCAAAACUGGAACUAGCAAAAUUUCUUCAAGAAACAAUCACGGAAAUGGCAAGGAGGAACAGAGCCCAGUUGGGAGAUGCCUCCACACAGCUCUCAUCCUAUGUGAAACAGGUCCAGACGGGCCACAAGCCCAGCACUAAGGAGAUAGUUCGCUUUUCCAAACUCUUUGAGGACCAGCUCGCCCUGGUGCACUUGGACCGACCCCAGCUGGUCGCCCUGUGCAAACUGCUGGAGCUGCAGACCUUUGGAACCAACAACUUGCUCCGCUUUCAGCUGCUGAUGACCCUGAAGUCUAUAAAAGCAGAUGAUGAAAUAAUUGCCAAAGAAGGCUUGGGAACUCUGAGUGUGUCAGAACUACAAGCCGCCUGCAGGGCUCGAGGGAUGAUAUCUCUGGGUCUCACGGAGGAGCAGCUGAGACAACAGCUCGCGGAGUGGCUGGAUCUCCACCUGAAGGAGAAUGUCCCUCCUUCUCUAUUGCUCCUGUCCCGCACCUUCUACCUGAUAGAUGUGAAGCCGAAGCCAAUUGAGAUACCGCAAAGUGGGGAGGCUCCAAAGACAGAUGUUCCUACGGCAUCGCCUGCUUCCUCUGAGUCAAAAGAGAACAUGGUGGACCCUGCCUCUCAGCUAAAGGGCACUAAGGAUGAAGAACUCAGACAAGUGCCACCACCGGUAUCACCACCACCUAUCAAACCGUCAACACCUAUUCCAUUACCUGAAGGACCCAUCAGUUCUUCUAAAGAAGCUACACUCCAAGCCAAAUCACAGAAGACAUCCCAGAACAGCAAGGCUAGUUCAAAGGGAGCCUAAGGACGCCGUGAGGACCAAGCUCACUCUCUCCAGCUUCCAGCCCUCAGCAGCGGCACCCAUCCGGGACCUCCCAGCUACGACUGACUGUGUGUGACUGGAGACAGAGGGGUUCAGUCCUUGGUGGCCUCAUAACCAUUCCCGAUGAUGUUGGCAGCAAGACUAGGUUGAGAGCAUGUGGAUGGAUAGGACUGCCAAGUUCAUCUCCUCUGUACCACCGGGGAUCCCACCAGACCGUGUGAACCCCUCCACCCACCCACACCCCCACUGUGCGGUCUGCAAAUAGUGCACAUCUGUGCAUGCCCGUGAGGGGAAAUGGUUUGCAUAAUGGACUCGGCCUGGCACCUUAACAUACCUCUGCUUCCCAUGGCCUGGAAUCCAAGUUAAGAACUCAGGAAGCUCCAAACCCCAUUUUAAGAGCACCUGGCCAACUAUUCCAGAAUGCCACAUACAUGACAGUGGCUUUGAAAACAGAAGUGCCUUCUGAAACAGGACAAUUCAACUCCCCAGGAAGUCUCUCUGGAAAGAAAGGGCUCACUUCUUAGAGGAGAAAAUGAGGAGUUAAGAGACUGGCAGUCAAAAAAGGUUUGGCUAUGGCUUAGCUGUUCUGACUGACCUCUUCCUCUGGGGCCUGCAGAGGCUACAGGAAUCUGGGAGGUGGCCACUAUCCCAGCACAUGUGGCUUUCAUUAGCCACCAUUUUGUAGGGAACAUAAUUAAGGGUUUAAGGCUUAACCAUUUGUUUGUGCUGAGUGUGUUUCUGGUCGGUUUGUCUUUCACAAGUAAGACUAUUAGUCAGUCACGGGGCUCUUACAGCCGGAGAUGAUCCUUGUGCUCCCCAGGAACAAGUAUUCCAUUCAGACUGACGUUCAGUUGCUUUUAGUGUUGUUAAUACUGACAGCAGCUGACCAGGAACUUUUCUUACCUGGGGAAGCUGUUAGAAGGGAAAAGGUAUUUUGGCCUGUGGGCGAUUGAAAUUAGAUUUCUUUACUUGUUGUGAAACUGAAGGCAGUUACACGGGAUCCCAUUAAACCAAAAAGAAAACUCCACUCUGCCCAGUCUGGGAUCACCUAAACGAGAAAUGUCACUAGCAAAGGUGCAUUCUGGGAUGCUUCCUAAACUACUCUAUCAGGGGACAAGCCCCUCCUCCACUCCCAUCCCCACCCCUGCCCGCAAACGAAACAACUCCAGUCCUCGAGGUGACCAGUCCCCAUGGAUCCUGCCACCGGCCUGGCGAGGCCACUCACAAUAAAUCUCCGCACCUUCAAGAUGCUAGGUGUUUAUUUCAGGUGUGUAAGUGUGGGGAAGGUAUCAGUAGUUCAGCUGCUCAGUCCUGCUUCCGCUGAGUUAUUUCCACAUGCUGUUGGCCUGUCCUGCAAUUUUUUCUGGCUCACUCUGUGAGCAGAAUGGGAAUGGUUAGGUCAAGGGACCCUGGUCUUGUGUUUUUGCUGAAGCUUGGCAUGGGAGACGCCUGACACACCUCUUCCCAUUCUUGCAACAGCAGGAAGUCACAGAUGUUGCUUUGCUCUUAUCACUAGGGCGCUCAGUGACUGGGUUCUACCAUUAUUAGACAGAAUCCCAUGCUGAAACCUAGCUGGUGGUGGCUCCAGUAAGUUACCAACAGCCAGCUCAGUUACCGGGGUGGGGUGGGGCAAUGCCUGAUUUGUAGCACUUACAGCCUCCCACCGUGGGAGAUGUCAAGCUGUCAAAACCAAGUCACUGAACAAUGCAGCUGGGAAGAGGUGCACACAACCGGUUCUUGAGAGCCAGCUCCAGAACACCCCCGCCCUGGCCCUCCUGGAGUAGAUAGUUAAACCCACUGAACUGGCUGGGCACCAAGUUCCCCAAAUACAUCACUCUGAGGUGUCAAGACUUGGAUCUGGGCAGCAGUACAGUAUAAACGGUCCCGAACACUGGUGCCCAUCUAGAGGGAAUCCGCCCUGACCUGCUGCCUACCCUCUUCCUGGCUCUUACCACAGCGGAGGGGUGGAAAGCUGUCAGGAGGCUCCCAAGCUUUCCCCUUCCCCAGCUCUCUACCCUGCCCGACACACAGAUGCCUUGGCUCGACCAGCUGCCAAUAACCUCACCAGGCAGUUUAGGAAUUCUUUAUCCUUUUUCACUUGCAAGGUAGAGACAGAUCUCCCACUGACUGGUUCACUCCCAAAACGCCUUCAAGAGCUAUUGUUGGGCCAAAGCUGAGAACUGGGCUUCUCAUGAGGGUGAACUUAAGUACUUGGGCCAUCAUCCCUUGCCUUCCAUUAGCAGGAAGCUGGAGUUGGAAGCAGAAACUUGAACCCAGGCCCUCCGAGGUGGGAUGCAGGUAUCCCAAGCAGCUUCUGCAUUCCUAUGCCUAAUGCCCAACCAGAUUUCUGUGCUUUUAGUGCUAAAACCUAGGUUUAAAGAUUUCCCAUCCACCACCAGCACAUGUUAGUAUGCAGGCAGCUCAGACUUGAAAGGCUGGCCCAUGAGCUGAUGUUGACUGAGCAUUUAGCUUGCUGGCUCCCCCCAGUGGCAGCUGACAAACACAGCGACUUCAUUACCAUUAAGAUAAAAUUUCUGCUUCUUCUGAUACUCAAUCUUACUUACCUGCGAUCAAUACAUUACAUUAGCAGUGCCAAGGGACUGAUGAUCCCCAGCCUACAGCAAUUAGGAGAGGCGGGACGGCAAUGGAUGAAUGCCGUGCUGAUCCCAGGCCCCAGCCUUAACCCUCAGGAAACCAGAGAGAUUCACUGCCUUGACAGAAGUCUUCAUUACAGACUGGAUUCCUUCCCCAGGAGACCCAAUCUGGUCAUCUAAGUAAAAUGGCCAUUUCAUUUUCUCUCAGGUCAAUGUCACUACCUUUUAUCUGACAGCCAGCCAGGUCUCUGGGGAUCCUUGCGGGUGACUUGAGCAGCAACAGCAAGGACAUCACUGUCACAAAUAACAGUGCCUUCUACUUCUCUAGUGCCGCUGCUGAAAGCACACACAGGUCUUCGCAGGUUCUCCACGCACUCACACCACCAAGGGCCAAGGCAGAAAUCACCGCCGCCAUACAAGGGAGACAUGCCACCCUUCGGUCUUGGAGGGAAAUGAUUUUGAGAGCUAAAAUCCACUUCCUAGCUCUGUUCACCCAAUCAUGCCCUCUUUAAACAUAAAUGCUAACAUUUACAGACAUGAGAUUCUCCCAAUGGUGGGACCAACACUGCAGCUGCUAAAAAAAAACCCACUGAGCUAGAAAGGGAACUUAAAGCAGUGACCCCGUUUCCCUUGCAGAAACGAGACUGCACUGAGAAGGCUGAGGGGCCUGAACCAUUAAGGGUUCAGGACCCGCUGGGUGAGGACAAGCGACACCAGCAGGUGGCAGAAGUAAAUUUCCAAGCAGCCAAAACCCAAACCCUUUCAGGGAAUUUUUCCCCCUUUUCCUGGGGGAUGGGAUGGAGUUUAUACAGGAACAGCUACAGGAAGUCAAGUUCAGAGACUGCCCCAGCCAAGGUGGCCUGGUCACAGAAGAACUAUCUGUGGGAAGACAAUGAAGCAGCUUUUUAGGUGACAAGUUUUCCCUCCCAGGACCCAGCAGAGAUGAAGCCACGCCCACAUGGGCAGAGGGUGGGGGAGAAACUGGGACCUAGGUUUGAGUUUUCUGCAGAUCUUUCGAGGAUAAACCACUUUCCCUCUGUUAUCACCUGAGCUCUAGCCCUUGGCUAUGGCAAGGUCCCCCCUCCUCCUGCAACCCUCCCAGCCCCGUUUCCUCUGAGGAAACAACCUGUGGUAAAGGCUGCAGUGGCGUGGUGCUCUGCCCAGCGCCACCUGCCCUUGGUGCAGCUUUUCUGCCCCUCAGCCUUUCCAAGCGUGGUCACGGGUAGGAGGCUUGUCACCAGGGGUCUGGGUGUAGGAACCAGGAGGAAGACGUUUCAAGGAAACUGGGGAGCACGCGGUGCCCUCUGGACCCAGCCCUGGGCCCACGGGUGUCCCUUCUCUCCACUGGACACUCUCUCCCCUUUCACACAGCCCAUAUAAAAAUGAAGCAGCAGCAAUUUUUAUUGAGGGACCUAAACUGAAAAUAGGUUUAGAACAUAAUUUAAAAAAAUAAAACAGCAAAAGUAGCAAAAAAUAUAUGACCUUUUUAAAAACAUUUUCCUUUUUUUUCCUUUUUUUUUUGUUUUUGCCUUUUUUUUUUUUUUUUUUUUUAA